AUGGCUGCAGCGAAGGCCCAUGCAAGGCCGCAGAUGGUCAAAGAGAACGGAGAUGAACCGUCUAAUUUUCCAGAAUCAGAAUCAGAAUCAGACCAUUCCGGGGAGAGCUCUAACGAAGGCGACUCCGGCUCCGAUUCUCUCGAUAGUCAAUCAUCAAGAAAAAGAAGAAAAAUCUCUCCAGAACCUGAUAAUGACGAACUACAAAUCCCCGUAUCUUCUGUUCCUUCACGGAUAAAAUCGAAAGUCAAAAGCCAUGCGAUUGAGAAGGAAACAAAUCCAGGUGCAAUUCUUGCACCCAUAGACCCCCAGACGAGCUUUGCAUCUCUAGAUGUUAAGCCAUGGCUGGUGGCAUCUUUGAAUAAUAUGGCAAUCAAGAGACCAACUGGGAUUCAGAAGGGAUGUAUACCAGAAAUAUUGAAGGGACGCGACUGCAUUGGAGGUAGUAGGACAGGUUCAGGAAAGACGGUGGCAUUUGCUGUCCCAAUUCUGCAGAAAUGGGCAGAAGAUCCGUUUGGAAUUUUUGGGCUCGUAUUGACACCAACGAGGGAACUUGCACUGCAAAUCUACGAGCAGUUCAAAGCCAUUUCGUCCCCUCAAUCACUCAAAGCGGUCCUAAUUACUGGUGGGUCAGAUAUGCGACCGCAAGCUACAGCCCUGGCCCAACGACCACAUCUUGUCAUUGCCACCCCAGGUCGGCUAGCCGAUCAUAUACGAACCUCUGGGGAAGAUACAAUUUGUGGUUUGCGACGGGUGAAGAUGGUGGUUCUCGAUGAGGCUGAUCGAUUGCUGGCAAGUGGAAGUGUUGGAAGCAUGUUACCGGAUGUUGAAGAAUGUCUCUCAAUUCUUCCUUCACCAGCAAAAAGACAGACAUUACUCUUUACUGCUACAAUUACCCCAGAAGUUCGGGCUCUAAAAGAACUCCCACGGACGCCAGGAAAGCCUCCAGUCUUCGUGUGCGAGGUCGAUACCCAAGCACUCGCAAUUCCAACUUCGCUCAACCAAAUGCAUCUUCAAAUCCCAGUCACCCACCGAGAACAUUACCUUCACAUGUUUCUCCUCACAGAUCACAACCUCCCAAAAUCUAUUAUAAUAUUCUGCAAUCGCACUUCAACAGCAGACUACCUCACCCAUUUACUUCGUCUUCUCGAGCACCGAGUUACCGCUUUGCACUCCAAACUCCCUCAAAGACAGAGAAUCGAUAAUCUCGGUCGAUUCCGGGCUUCAGCAGCAAGAAUUCUAGUGGCCACAGACGUCGCAGCUAGAGGUCUAGAUAUUCCUGAAGUAGGCCUGGUAAUAAACUACGACAUCCCCCGCGAUCCAGAUGAUUACAUUCACCGCGUCGGACGAACAGCCAGAGCAGGGCGAAAGGGUGACGCAGUCACAUUCGUGGGACAGCGAGACGUGCAGCUCGUCCAAGCAAUUGAAGAACGCGUGGGAAGACAAAUGGACGCCUGGGAAGAAGAAGGCGUGAAUUUGGAGACGAGAGUCAUUAGAGAAGCGCUGAAGUUGGUGGGAGAGAAGAAACGAGAGGCGAUGUUAGAGAUUGAGGAGGGCAGAGAGUCCCAGAAGAAAGGAAACAAGAUGUCUGAAUCACCCGAUAAAUCUCAAUCCUCUUCCUACAGUUCUCAGAAAGCAACUGUUGCAACGCUUAGCUUAUCUGAGAAGCUCCAGACGAUACCUAUUCUUCUCACAGUUGUUGUCAAUGUCAUCACAUCGCUUUUCACAGCCGCCUAUAGAGGCAAAGACAGAAAACCCUCAGGAGGGCUAUACAAAUAUGUAAUGCUUACAGCUCUUCGAACCUUGACUCGAAAAGCAAGUGUUCGACAGCAACACUAUAUCUCCGCCCCUACAGACGACAACUACAUCAUAGCCUGCAAGAAACGCGGCGUCCAACCCAACAGCAUCACCCUCUCAGACGGAACGCGCGCAAACUGGAUCGGCGACUCCUCUGCCGAAAAACUCAUCAUAAAUUUCCACGGUGGCGGCUACGUAUUCCCCGCAGCCCCAGAAAUGUUCGAGUUCAUGUUCCAAAUCAUUGCCGUCCUGCAAAGCCAAGGCAAAAACGUCUCCUGCCUCUUCCUCUCCUACGACCUAGCUCCAGCUCGCGUCUACCCGCGGCAGCUCCAACAAGCCGCCAUGCUGAUGAACCACGUCCUGCAUACGCUGCACAUCUCCCCUGCCAACAUAAUCCUGACAGGGGAUUCCGCGGGCGGGAAUCUAGCUUUGGGACUACUAUCGCAUAUCUCGCAUCCGCACCCUGGUCUGCACGGCGUCGAGGUGCCGAAGGUAGAAUUAAACCUAGGAGCUGAAAGUGGAAGUGGAAGUGGCGGUGCAAAUGAGAAAUUAAUCGGAAUCGUGUUAAUCAGUCCCUGGGUAUCCUUUAACCUCACGAGUGCCAGUUGGAACCGCAAUAAAUACAAAGAUUGCCUCGACAAAGUCGCCGGUCAGCAAUGGUCUUCGGCCUUCCUGAACCACCCGCAGCCUCUCGAUGCCGUCAGCGAUUACUACAACCAGGCCGUCACGGCGCCCGAGAGCUGGUGGGAGGGCGCGGAGGUAGAGAGCGUGUUUAUUGUGGCGGGUAGGGAGGAGGUGCUUGUUGAUGGCAUUACGGAAUUUGCGGGGAAGUUUGAAAGGGGGGUAGGUGGGGCGGGGAAUGUGGAGUUUAGGGCUUUGGAUGGCUUUCAUGUGCAGCCGGCUCUUGAUUUACAGAUGGGGUAUACGGAGGCUCAGGAGGGGGAGCAGGCCACGACCAUUAAAAGCUGGAUUGCGAGUCACUUUUGA